UCGCUGGGACGCAGUUGCUGAAUUUUGUUCAUGUCUCUGAUUCGGCAAGUUUUAAAACUUCAAGUUGCAUCAUAUCAUACCAAAUUGAUUGGCUAAUUACGUUACACAUGGUGGAACCGUUAAACAGAGAUUCCGCCGAUCUGUUUGCAAGUAGGGAGCUUUCGAUGCACGACGACGGUAGAACGUAAUGACGUCACUAACAAUCAUUUGCGCAUGCGAAAACGUUAAGUUCUCGUCGCGUGGAUUCUAGGACGCAUUUUGGCCAAAUGUAUGCAGAGAACGAUUAGUAAAUAUUAUUUGAGUGAGAAACUCAAUGGUGUAGUUGAGUUUUGAAAAGUACAAUAGCAGUAGCAUUUCUCAACAAUAAGUCACAUAAGGCCUGAUUUCCAUAAAAUUGCUACACACUAUGCCAACAUCUUUCGGCGACGCAGAUUAGUCGAAUCGAGCAGCCUUCCGAUUGCAUUUUUACGGGGAAAAAAUCAAUGUAUCGCUUAGGUGUACACUUUGAACGAUGGAUAACUACAGUGAAUACGAAGGCUAUUCCUAUCCGCCGCCGACUCCAGACGAGUGUUCAACCGCAUGUUGUAUUAAACUAGUGCUUGCCUUUAUCAGUAUAACUCUCAAUCUAGUCUUAGUCCUCCUUUCGGUCCGGAUAUCAGCAAAGGGAAACUCAAAUGUUACCAAGGCAUACUUCUUCGUCGUUUGGCUAGGAAUGUGUAACGUCAUGUAUAUCUUGUUCAACUUUGUCAUCUACCAGCUUCGACGUAUGGAGUACGCUGUUCCAUCUCUCUUUGAAUGUAAAUUCAACCACGCUUUACAAGUUAUGAAUGAAAGUUUCGCAGUGUACAUACUCGUAGCGUUAAGUCUGGAUCGAUACAUCAUGGUGACGAAUCACACCAGGGCCAACACAUGCAUAAUACGGAGGCGAUAUUUGGUAAUACUUGGGAUUUUUUUAGGUUCGAUUGCAGCCAGUAUUCCGAUUCUUGUAAAAGCCGACAUUGUUGAAUUAGAUGGUGUACCAUAUUUUUGCUACUAUCUCUAUCAUUUUGAAACGUUCGCCAAGGUUUACGAGAUUUUACGUACUGUAUUUCUCUACAAUAUUCCGUUAACUAUCAUCGCAUUUUGCUAUACGAGAAUGGCGAUCUUUUUGUUCAAGAGUGGACAGAACGCAGCAACGAUAAGUUCGACCCGUGUAGCAUCACGUAUGAAGAAGCGAAACCGCCUAGGUAUUUCUGUAAUUAUUAUUUCUGUUAUGUUUGGAGUUUGUUAUUCUUUACAUCAUAUAUCGAACAUCCUAUAUCAGUUCAGUUUUAAUGAGAACUACCCAUUCAAACACACUCUUGAGCGAGAUCUGAAAUUCAUCGGACAGUUCUUUAUCAUUAUAAACGCUUGCGCGCACCCAAUCAUCAUGCUUGUAGUCAAUCGAAAUUUACGCGCAGAUCUAUUUAAAAUCGUCUGCCGUUGUUCAAGGUGUGAUGAUUACGAUAAGAAAAUAAGUGUGGAAGGAACUUUGAGGAUGUCACGUGUGCAAUCGAGCAGGCUGUCAACUACCAUUGUAUCCAGUGAUACACCGCGGGCAAGUCCAUCACGUGUCUGAACUUUUUAGUUAACCAUGUAAAAUCUAGCAUUUAAACUGUAAUUCCGAAUGAAAAGAAGAGAGCUGAAGACGUCAAGGAACAAUCGUCUCGUCUUCCAGAGGGACGUUUAAGCGAUUUGUCAUGUGUAUAGUAUGACUCGUCUGAUGACAAGUUUACCUGAAAAUACGAUCAGAACAUCGAAUCCGUGUGUAAGAAUAUGGACGCUGGCGUUCAACGCUUCGGAAACGCGGUGCGAAUAGGUUCGGAUCCGAUGUGAACGCAGCGUAACUUUGUAUAUAAAGUAAAGACUCAUUAUGUGAACGAAAAAAUACAUCUGUGUCUAUAGGUGUAAAAAGAUGCACCACUAGUUGUCGUUCAACAAUGUUUAACUAGACUUUGAUUAUAGUGUAGGCCGACAGCAUGCAUGCUAUCCGUCAAACAGGUUGUGUCUCUUCUGUACGAAGAUAGACUAAUUUAUCACCAUUGUGUUAUACACAUUCUGAUUCGAAAAACGAUGAAUCUGAUACUAAUGCAUUGAUAGUGCAUGCCCGGCCCCGUAACUUCGGCCCCGGGCAUAAACCGGGAAAGAUGGAGGCUGUAAUUAUUACCGUACUAAUUAUACGGUAGUAAUAACUGUUUUCGAUGUAAAAUCAUAUGCUAAUUUUGUGUAUUUUGAUUUAAUUAUACUCAAAUAUUGUUACCUCGGACUUAAAAGAACGUCAACUUCGUUUGUAAACCAAACGCGUGUUGUUAAUAGCCCGAAUCCUACUACCAAUUUCAAGUCUCGCCACAAAAUUUAGGGUUUAGUUCCGAUCAGUCCUGCUCCUAAUUUGAUAUUGUUGCUAUGGCCCCAAGAAAAGGCUGCGUGUGCGGUCGUAAAGGUCGUGUCUGUGGGACAUGCGCGUAUAUCUAGCCCCGCCUAUUAAAUAUGUUCUGGUCAUUUUGGUGACACUCCGGAAAAAGUGUAUAGGCCAACAAAAAUAUGCUUCUCGCAUCCUCUAACCUUUAUUUUGGUCAACUCAUGUUUUUAAUUCCAUGAAGCAAAUGCAUAGACCUACCUAUAAUUUUGAAUAGUCAAUUACUGUAUUACCUUGGAAUGCAGAUUAUGAGGAUGACAAUGACGACGACGACGAUGACUGUGACGACGACAAUAACACUGCUUUAUAAGAAACAUGUAAUCAUCUCAUGAGUUAUUUGCAGUACAUUUGCCAUCUGUAAAUCAAACAAUUAAUCAAUAAUCUAUUCAAUCAUUCAAUGACCUUGGAUGGGAUGAGGUUGAUGG